CAUCUUUGAGCAAUGGCUGAGGAGACACCAGCCCCCCCGCACACACUACCCGACAGCCAACGCCCCGAUCGGACACAAUGAUGGCUAUUACAUGGUCCCCUUCAUCCCUCUGUACAGAAACGGAGAUUAUUUCCUCUCGACUAAAGCUCUGGGAUAUGAAUAUGCAUAUUUACAGGACCCAAGUCAGCGGUUUGUGCAGGAGUUUUUGAUGCCGUAUCUAGAGCAAGCUCAGCAGAUCUGGCGCUGGCUGCUGGCCGCGGGGCUCCUCGGGGCGGCCGUGGCGGGAAUUAUUGCAACUAUUAUCGCCGUGGCGUGUCGCAGACGCCCGAAGAGGCGAAAGUUAUCGGCGUACGGGGAGAGACAGCCGCUGCUGAACAGCAGUGAAGAGGAGGGAUCGACUUCAUAUCAGACUACACUGUGAAUCAGAGCGAGGACAGAUACGCCAAGCUGACGGGGAAAAGACACAACAGCCAGUUAACCAAGGUCUUGCCUCUUAAACUGGAGUCAUGCAAUAAGCGCUGCGUUCAGAAUCUUGCUAUAGUAUGCAUAAUGUGCACUACAUACAGUACUGUUUUUGAUUUUAUUCAGCAAGGAUGCAUUAAAUUGAUCAAAAGUAAAG